UUAAUGAGCUCCUUUCUGCUGACAUUUCAUUCGUUCCUCCAUUAGUCCUCUCGUUUACACGUAGUCACACAGUAGCUCCGAACAUAAACACCUUCUAUUACAAUCAAACUAAUUGAACAGAUUGUUGAUCGAUAUUUGAGGUAUUGCGAGAUGGGUUCUGUGGAGGAGGAGAUGAAGGAAGAUUCUAAAGCUGUUGAAGAUAGCAACCUUGAAAUGGGUUCAGAAAAGAAGGAGAACAGAGCAGAAAUGCAGAAGAAAGGAAACAAGGAUAAAAGGAAGAAGAAGUUGAAACAGAGGCGAAAUUUUAUUCUGCGAAGAUUCAGUUGUAUCAGAAUGGACGAUGAAUAUCCGACGGUUGAUGAACCGACUGGCGAGGGAAGUUUUAAUAUGCAGGCUAUUACGGAUCGUACACCGACUCACUUAAUUGUUAUGGUUAACGGUAUUAUUGGAAGUGCACAGAAUUGGAGGUAUGUUGCAAAACAGUUUGUGAAGGCAUAUCCCAAGGAUGUUCUAGUGCAUUGCAGUGAGUCUAACUCAGCAAUGCUGACAUUUGAUGGGGUUGAUGUAAUGGGAAAGAGGCUGGCUGAUGAGGUGUUAUCUGUUGUUCAAAAGCAUCCAAACCUUCAGAAGAUAUCAUUUCUAGGUCAUUCGCUUGGUGGCCUGGUAACAAGGUAUGCUAUAGCUGUGCUUUAUGGAAAAGAUUUUACCAGAAAAUCCCACGAAGAAAAUGGAGAUUGUAAGCUUGACGAAUCCAAAGAAUCAUUAUCUGAAGACAAAUAUAAAGGCAAAAUUGCUGGACUGGACCCUGUGAAUUUUAUAACCUCUGCAACUCCUCACCUUGGUUCAAGGGGCCAUAAACAGGUCCCUUUGUUCUGUGGAUUGUACACCUUGGAGAAAGUAGCAUCACAUACAGCAUGGAUACUUGGAAAAACCGGAAAACAUUUAUUUCUGACUGACGGUCAUGAUGGGAAACCUCCACUUCUGUUUCAAAUGGUCAAUGAUUCUGAAGAUCUUCAAUUUAUAUCCGCAUUGCAAUCAUUUAAGCGACGUGUGGCCUAUGCAAAUGUACGAUAUGACCACCUUGUUGGGUGGAGUACAUCAUCUUUGCGACGUCGGAAUGAACUUCCAAAGCGGCGCAAUCUGUUAAAAAAUGAUAAAUACCCACAUAUCGUGAACGUAGAGACGGCAAAAACAGCCAUUUCACAAGAAGAGACGGAUGUUCGAGUCGAGGGAUUUAGGAUUGCGGACAUGGAAGAGGUCAUGCUGAGAAGUUUAACAAAAUUGAGCUGGGAACGUGUUGACGUCAGUUUCAAAGGAAGUAAACAGAGAUAUUUUGCUCACAACACCAUUCAGGUACAGAGCUACUGUAUGAAUUCUGACGGUGCCGAUGUAAUACAGCAUACGAUUGACAAUUUCCAGCUGUAGAAGUCGAAAUUUUGUAUUGUUAUCACUGCACAUAUCUUAGGUAUAUCAUCAUAUAUACCGUAUUCUUGAGAAUCCUGCUGUCUUGCACCAUUAUCAACCCAUGUACGCUUUUGGAACUGGACUUAGAGGAGUCAAAUUUUUGCUGUUUAUUGUCUUAUUCCAGAAGAGCCAGCAACAAAAACAAAAAAUCAGAGGUCCGAUAUGUACAUACUUCAUUAAUUCUUUGAGGUGGUAUUUUCCACUGUAAUAUACCCUUUUGAUCGUGUAUACUACAUAAAUCCCUUUCUUUUUCACUAGAUUGUUUGAGAAAAUAAUCAGGUAGAUCAUGUACAAUUAUUGUUUCUUUCUGGCCACCCUGUACAAUAUGUACCUAAAUAGUAGUAGAUACUGUUGUCACCGUUGGCACGAGGAAGAAAAUGAAAAUGCAUAAAGUUGAGCAUAGGUGAAGCUCCCACCACAUGGAGUCCUCUGUGCCCCAAAGCAGGUGAAAACGGGUAAAGCCUAUGGUGGGGAGAUGGGACCUUAUCUACUACUGGUGUCCAGAUUGCCAAUGUGGACAAAGCCUUGCAGGGUACGUACCUGCAGCAGGAAGCGCUGCUGACAGAAUUAUGGGUAGGUAGGUGUCCACUGUCCCCGGAUCUCCAUUAUUAACUCGGUGAUUUGAUAAUUAAAUUCUGCAGAAGUUGGUUGAAUCAGGAUGGCGUAAGGAUGCUACUAGUAGUAGAAGUAACUAAGAUGAAUCUGCAGCAGGGCAAACUGAAACUGCCCGUUUUACAGUACCAUGGUGUAGUUAGCAGCUCAAUAAAAUGUAGAAAUAGCCCUUUUCAGUU